CAAAGCCACAAAGGGACUGCAAGCGGCAAGCCGUUGGCCGCAUCUAACUACCGCGGGGGCCAACGAACAUUGCUUCUCCUUCCCGCAUGUUCUCGUCUUCCUCCUCCACUCGUCGUCCAUCACUUGCGAGCCCUCCUCCUGCAGCUCCGGAUCUGGAAGGCCGGGGGGAAGUCGCGCGCUGGCAGAAGGGAAACGGCGCGAUUGAGUCGGAGGAGUACGGGGCCGUUGAGUCGCAGGCCAGUGAGUCGCGAUUGAAUUCGGGACAGAGGCAUCGCGCAGCUGCCACUGGGGGAAGCUCGAGGAGAAGACACACGACAUGGAUUGGUUGCCUGGAGAGCUGUGCCUCAAGAUCUUCCAGCUCCUGGAUCACCAGUCCCUCGCCUCCGCUCCCCAAGUUUGCAGGAAAUGGAGGGCGUUGACCUCCGACGAUGAGCUGUGGCGCAAGCUGUUCACCGACAGGUGGGGGCCGGACGCCGCGGCGUUCUACGCGCCGGAGGGCUCCAAGCCCUGGAAGGACGUCUUCGUCGUGCAGGACCGAUGCGACCGAUACGGACUGGGUGUCAGGAUCAUCAGGGAAGGGAAGGACUACUACCUGAUCUACCAGGGCGAGAUCCAGAGGUACUUGGGCUCGCGCCAGGACACGGACGGUGACGGCGGCAAGGACGCGCCGCGGCAGGACGCUCAAGACGACGGGCAGCGGCUGAUAUCGAACCGGAUCCUGUUCUUCCUGGGGGAUCUGGAGGCAGCCUGCGCGGACGCCAAACGGGUCAAGGCGUGAACGUGUUAUCCUGUGCGGCGGCGCCCCUUGUCCAGAAGCGCAUCGCUGCCUGUAUGUAUGAUGCAUAGCUCGUGCAUAGUGUUGUCCUAAUCAUUACUACGUGUAUAGUGCUUCACCAGUUCACCCUCAAUUUAUUUGAGUUGAGAUUCUAAUAGUCAUUUAGAUUGUAAGUGGACUUGAUCAUAUGCUUUGGUUGUAUGACACUUUCGUCUGUCAA